CACACACACACACAUGUUAUGUUGGUCGACAACACGUACAGACUUAUAUACACGUCUUCCCGCACGUGCGGGACACGCAGCACACGGCAUCCCUUUUUGGCCGAGGCGACAUCAAAGCUGGAACAAAUCGCGGCCUUAUGUCUCUCUGCUCAAACACACAAGUAGACCAUCGCUUGAAUGGCCGCGGCGGGCCGUUUCGUGGGCUUACUUGGCUAAUGCUCGGACGCACAGCCUGAAGGGCCGGCGGCAUGAUCAGAGAAUGUGAGUGCACCACAUCGCGUGUGGCAAGACGAGGUGUCGCCAGCUGCUGUUUCGCAGCUCCUGUCGGCUGCCGACACACCCUGCGGGCGACAAGGAACAUGACAAUCAGCAUUCCUGCCUUCUUAUCUUCUCAUGCCUACUCCGUUGGCCGCUCCCUCGGUGGUCGUUGCAGAGCUACGCUCCGCAUCUCAUCGAGUUUCCUGAGCAUUCGAGAUGUCUCAGUCUCAAAACACCGACUGAACUCAUCGACGAUGACCUGAUCCUCUUCUAUGGCCCCGGCCGAAGUGGGUGCCGCUGCAGCUGACACCCCCAAAGCCGGUGUGCUCCUGGACACGCUUGUUCUGUCAGCCUGCCUUUCGAUUGCAGAUAAUCGAGAGUUCACUCUCUUCAUCUCAUCUGCCAGCUCCUGUAUCCUGCCGUGUGCCUGGCGCAGGCUUGCAGUGAGCCUCUCUUCCCUCUCGGCUGCCUCUCGCCUGAGCGUCUCGAGAAGCCGCUCAUAGAUGAGAACCUCCGGGCCCUGCUCGGCAGUGGCAGCCACCUCUCUCAAGGCCCGCCGUACAAUCUCAGCUGACAUGUCUUGAGCCAGGUCGUCCGCUUUAGAGCACUCCUCGCCAGGACUCAUUGACGCUGCUGCAGGCACUUGCCGAGGCCGAAUGUCAUCGCUGAAGCGGACCCGGUCCGACAGAUUUCCGCCCUCUGGUUGAUUCCUUCUCUCGUCGUCCCGACCGGCCUCCGAAGAUGUCCAUGGUCUGUGCAUGCCGGUGUUGGCGAAAGGCUCUCGUGGCUUUCGGGGAGAGAAGGGCGGGUGUGUUCCCC